AUGAUUGCCGUUCUGUUGACCAUCACCACCGAAACCACCACCACCACCACCACCACCACCACCACCACCACCACCACAACAGCCACCACCACCACCAACACCAACACCACCAUCACCGCCACCACCAGCAUCAACUGCACCACUACUGUCAUGGGCAACGUUAAUAUUAUAUAGCACCUUUUCUGUUACGUCUCCUUUGUUUAUAUGAUACUCUGAGUGGCUCCUACACAUUCUUUGUUGCUCUUUCUUGUGCACGCGUGUGUGCGUGGUCAGGUUUUCUGUUAAAAGUUUGCUGCUAAAAGUAGGCACGGCCUUGCUCUCCCGCGAAGCUGUGCCCGGUGCCUACCUGCCCCUCGCAGACCUCAAUGUGACGAGGUUUCACCUACCGCUGUCGCCCCUAUUCCCACGUGACAUCUGAUAUGAAUCACUUAUGCCACCACCAUCGCUUUUUUUUUCUCCUCUUCAUAUCCCUCUGUGUCUCUCCCUCUCCUGGGGGAUUGGGCAUAAAGGGAAUAGCGGGGACCAACUCAUUUAUGACUUAAAUGGCCCUCGUAAAGAUUAGUCAUCGGGACCGAUAAUGUGCGAUGUCCAACAGCGUGCCAGCAGCUGCCCUUGCCGAGAGGAAGUGACUCGAUGACGCCCUGGCUGAUAGGCACCGCCUCCUCCCCCCCCCCCGGUGGCGCAAGUAACCACUGUGUGCCAUCGAUAUCGCCGAUUUUAAAACAGUGUGUGGAAGCUCGCGAAAGGCCAUCUAAGGGGACUCCAGUAGGAACGAUAACUCGUCAGGGUUGGUAGCCUUUCUGUGAUAUUCAUUUUAGUCUCUUAUGUUUUGUCUUCUACUUACUUUUCGGUCAGAUGUGGUUACGUAGCCCCACGUGAAGUAAACAAACCCCAGUCACCUGUAAUACGGGACCGCCGAUAAUAGGGCAUUUACAGGUAGGGCCAGGAAACGCACGGACGACGAAAUGAAGUAGCUGUAGGCAAAAUAAAAGUCUUCGGGAACACACGGUUGUACUUUGAGUGGAGGGGAAAUAGUUGCCCUAAACCAUAACACUAACCCCCAACCAUAACCCCUAACCCUAACACCUAACCAUAGCCUCUAACACCUAACCUCAACCCCGAACCCCAACCCCAAUAGUAUUGUGCUCAUCAGGUGGGACUACAAAACCGCAUCUGGCUCUAGUGCAACUUUUUGUUAUUAGUAGUGGCACUACUAAUACUACUUCUACUACCACUUUGAAGGCAGCUAUGAUGCCACUAUUGUCACUUCGAAUUCUAAUAUUGCUAUUAUCACUACUGUUAUCUUCUAUCGAACAAGAUUAGGCAUUCUUCUGCGAACUUCUAUCUGACCUACGUGCAUGUUGUUCCCCAACUCCUUGGUCCGUCUCCCCCCACCCACCUGAGCUACACUUUGAUUAGUCGGCUCUUGGCUUCGACCUGGAGAACGAGGGUUACCCUUGUUGCUUUAAACCCUUCCUACACACGCGUGUAACCCGCGCUCACAAACGCACGUCUUUUGCUGGCCACAGUCGGGCGUUAGAUUCGAUGGAUUCCUUUGCUCUGAGUACAGGUAUCCACUAUUGAGUUUCGUACUUUGUUUAUUCCUGAUUUUGUCUUAGUAACGCCGCACCAAACCCAGCUGCGGUUUUCAUUUUUAUCCGACGUACGCGUUACUCAAAGGUACCAAAUUGGCGGUAUAACUGUUACCACAACCAAUUCUUCUGUUGGCUUCUUCCUUGUCUUCGCUCUUUCAUCUUUUUGGAUUCUUCUUCUUCUCCAUCCUCUUUUAGUUCUCCUACUUCCUUUCUCCUUUUUACUCUUCUAUUGCUACUGAUGAUACUACCAGUUCAACCAUGACUCCUUAUGCCACUAGGGCACCAACAGUUUCAUUUCUGCCAACACUACCAGGACAACUAUUUGUGCCGCAAUAAUCAGUGGAAUUGCUACUACUACUACUACUACUACUACUACUACUACUACUACUACUACUACUACUAAUAAUAAUAAUAAUAAUAAUAAUAAUAAUAAUAAUCAUACUACUACUACUACUACUUAUACUACUACUACUACUAUUACUUCUAUUACUACUACUACUACUACCACUACUACCACUACUACUAAUACUAGUCUCACUACUACUGCUAAUACCAUUAAAACUAAGAUUGCUACUACUGAUAGCAGCGAAUGCGGCAAGGGCGCAGUACGCGACCCCGCCCAGGGAAGGAAAACUAGGUCAUCAUGGCAUGUUGCGUCCUCGCGUUUUUUUAUAACUGACGCUUCUGCGCUCUCGUAACCAGAUGGAAUGUAACCUAUUUCUUUUGUGAAAACAAACUGGGAACACUGCGAAAAUGCUCAACUUUUACUUGCCCUGCCAAGCACCUUGAUACCCUCAUCAUGCUUGGGGGAUCGGGUUCUUGGUACAUGCGCUCAUUUGUAGGUAGCUGUAGAGAAAUUUAUAGUACGACGGCACAAUGUGACACUUCAACAUUUAUCCGUCUAUUUACCUACUGUCUCGCUCUCCUUUCAACCAUUUAGCCCCAACCCCAAAACCUAUAUUGCAUGAUGACCUGGUUUUGUUCCUCGAGUGGGGUCGCAUUCUUGCCAAUAAUGCUACUACUUAUACUGCUGCUGUCUCCGUUGACGUUGAUACGACUACUGCUGACAUCAUUAUCACUACUAUUACUGCUAAUGCUACUGGUACUGCUACUAUUACUACCACUACUUCCAAAACCUCAGCUGAUGGGACAUGCUCAGAGUUCGCUGGUGAUGCAGAUAGUUCAUAUAUGCGACCGGAAGCACUGAUUUCAAAACCGCGUCGUGGGACAUAAAAACCGCCGGCACCACAGUUAGAGUAUCGUUGCCGACGAUUUCCACCGUGUGCUCCACAGCGUGGUGAAGCAGGAACGGUGACUUGUGCGUGAAUUAGUUUAUAGUGAGAGUGGACUUGCACAGCAUCUGCCUCACUCUCUCCUCCUCCCCCACCUGGACCCGGCGUCAACACAAAGUCAAAAAGACUGGAGGCGAGGGAGGACGCAGGUGGAUGGCACGAUCGCGCCCGCACCUUGGCGCUCUACUCCACAACCUCUGGUCCACACAACAAAUGACCAGGAUUUUGACCAACAACAACAACAACGGGGAGGGCUGCAGGGGUCCCAAUGUGCGCGACUUUUGCCGGCAACUGGGUCUGCAACAGCACCCGCCCCCCCCCCCCCCGAGGUGUUGGCAGUUUUUAUGGUGCGCAUCCCAAUACGCUCCCCUGUAGGUCCAGUGGCUCGUUGGGGGACGCCAAACUCAAACAGGAGCGACAACACAACUAAGUUGGCAGAAAUGAAACAUGGCCGUAAAGUUUAUUGCACCGACAGCGAACUAGCGGCUUUACGUUAAGGAUAUCCUCAGGGGUCUCAGACAACGCAGCUGACAAGACGCCAACUAAUCACACGGCCUGUCUCUUUUCAAUCGUCCUACGGUCAUGAAGUUCGGUUUUGUUUGAAAAUCUGCACCUGCACAGCUAGCAACUGGGCCUGACAUUCGUUUGUAACAACUGCCAAACAGCGACGGCUCGUAUCUGUGCAACAGACUGAGAGGAAUCUAAUCACCAGGUUCCUGACAAAACGGACUGCCGGUGUUUCGAUCCGAUUGGCGAGAGCAGAUUUCAUGUUAUGCUUAAACAUUCGCCGUUGCAGUCGACAGAACUUGUGGGCCUGUUCUUAGGUGACACAACUGAACGUGAGUAGAAAGUGGGUCAGACGUGGUUAUGUAGCAAUAGGGGUUAUUACAGGUGGGGCCGGGGAACGACGGGCGACGAGGUCAAGUAGUCGUAUGCAAAAGAGAAGUUAUUGGGAAUUCGCGGUUGUACUUUGAGUGGUUGAGAAAUAGUUACCCUAACCCCUAAUUCUAGUCCCUAACUCUAACGCCUGACUAUAACCCCUGAUCGUAACCCCCAACCCUAAUCCUUAAUCCCAGCCCAACCAGCAUUGUGUCCAUCAGGUGGAGCUUCAUAACCACUUCUUAGCAAAAAAUUUUUAGUAAAUUUGCCCUCAAAGGCGACAGUCCAUGGCGCAGUUAUUUAAUCUGUGGUCAUCUACCCGGUCUCUAGGCGACCAUGUAGAUCGAGAAAAUUAAGUGAUUUUAUUAGGCAAUCAUUCGAUAGGCGUGGUCUUUCUCCUUCAUGUCAGCGCAUUUAGUCUGGCAUUGCAUUCAAGAGCAGUCAGAAUGAACGCUGUGGCAAAACAGCAAAGUGGACUGUGAGAAACGUCAGGUAGGUUAAGUGUGUAAGUCCUCUCCAAGCGACACUAGGAUUUACCAAAGCCUACUACAUUUCGAAGUCUCUCAAGACACUGUUUUGUCACUUCGUCCUCAUCGUCACGAAGUACUCUACCCCCCCCCUGCCUCCUCUGGCUUGGAGGUGCGGAAGAUUACUCCUGACAGGUGUGUGUGUGUGUGUUCCCGUGCGAUCGAAUGAUGACUCACUUUUAACAAGUGGCCGGUCACUCAAGAAACGACGGAGGAUUUCCACACAACUUACAGGCUGAGCGACAGUGUGUGUGUGUGGUCUGUGGGAACAUUGUCGCUUCAAAGAUGUUCCGACUUUCUUCCGCUUGACGCUGCUACUGAUGACCUUAUCACAUUCCUGAGAUAGGAUGCAGUAAGCUAAGGGUGUCGCUCGUGGGUCAGACGAUCACAAUUUGUUGCCACCAAGGGGGAGCGUGCUGACUUCUACUUGCAUUUUGGUGUUCCAUUGCCAGACAUGUUUCCACCGGAAACAAGACAACCAGACCGUAGUGUCCGGCGAUAUCCACAAUGCGCUUCAAAGCAGAGUGAAGACAGGGACGGCGACUUGCACGUGAGUUCGUUUGUAACGAUAUUAUACUUGAACAGCAUCUACCGCUACCUCUCUCUGUCUCUCUCUUCCUCAUUUGGACGCGGUAAGAAGAGAGAAUCAAGAAAACCGGAGUCAGGAGGGGGCGCAGGUGCCGUUCAGGAGGCCGCCAUCAGCAGCAAUAUUGUUGGAGUAAACUCGUGCAAAUGAUCACCAGCCGCAUCUCCAGCAUAAUCACCAGGAAAGAGGUGUCAGUUCCAACCUAUCCCCACUGGUGACUCGCCUUCACAUCACGCAUCGGCUUGAUGGGUCCCUUGCGGACCCAUCUACCAUGCACACCCGUCACGCACUCACACGCACACACCGUACCGGAAACCGCAAUGGUCCAUCCGACCGUAUGCGCAUACACGACAAACUCCAGUAAAGCUACACGUUUCAGACCACGCCAAAACACCUCAGCCAGCGCAAGCCCCACGCAAGGCCCAGAGGACCUACGCGGGAAUUCGUUGAGGUAGACUUGCGCAACAUCCACCGCAGCCUCCAGUCCACCACCCAUCCUGCUUUGAUGACAACACACUGCUAAGACUCUAAAAAGAUGAGCGCGAGCACAGAGGCAAACAGUGCUAUACAGUCCGUCUACGCUUGCCGCACAGGAUCUUCUCCCCACUCCAAGUGCACCAGUCUACUGUGAAGGCGAACCGGGUCUCACCUUGACGAAAAUGUCACGAAGACUGCAUUAAGGAGGAGCCAUUGCAAUCCGACUAUCCAUCCUGACAGGAUCGAGUUAUCCCGUCAAUUGGCAACAUCGCCUGUCAGGACUCUUUGGGCAUCGCGAUAGAUCCGAACGCCUCAGCAUUAUUGUAAGUGAGGAACGAGCUGGAGUGCCGUGGAGCUGGAUUCACCAGUGCCGACUUCCCCUUUCCUAUCCCCUCCCUCCUGCGCACCAGUCGACUGUCCAACCAACUGUCAACUAACUAUUUAUGCGAUUGGGGAUGGUGGCUGGCGCAGCGAGGAGGCCUGCGUGCAGGGUAAUCAUUAGCGCCUUGCACCGAGUUAGCUCAACCAGAUAAACGCGUGCCGUGAGCAGGGCUGGCUCCGCUUGGAACCAUCACACCUGUAGUGCAGUCCCUUUUGGGGUCACACUUCAGUAACACUAUAACUCACUGCUGCACGGACAUACUUCUAGAUCCCCUCAAGCAAACACCGCAUUUGAUCAUAAUUUCGUAACUCAAACAAAGCGAAGUCAUUCACCCUCGUCACCUAUGUAAAAUUAACGACCAACAAUUCAGGAGGGAGAGAGAGUGAACUCAAUAGGACAGAUCUGGUCAGCUGACUAUUUAUGCGAUUGCGCAUGGUGGCUGGCGCGGCAAGGCGUGUCACACACACGUGUACGGCAAUCGUUAGUGCCUCGCAUGGAGCUAGCGCAGCCCGGUAAACGCGUUUGGGAUCAGCAAACUCGCAAUGCAGUCGCUUUUGGGUCCACACUUCAGUCACGCUGCAUUAAGGAGGAGCCAUUGCAUUCUGACUAUCCGUACUGACAGGAUCGAGUUAUUCUGUCAGUUGGCAACAUCUCCUGACAUGACUCCUAGCGCGUCGCGAUACAUUCGAACGCCUCAGCCUAAUUGCAAGUGAGGGGUGGACUGGAGUGUCGUGGGGCUGGAUUCCCCGGUGCUGACUUCCGCCUUUCCUAUCCCCUCCCUCCCGUGCACCAGUCGACUGUCCAACCAACUGCCAACUGACUAUUUAUGCGAUUGCGCAUUGUGGCUGGCGUGGCGAGAAGGCCUGCGUGCAGGGUAAUCAUUAGCGCCUCGCACCGAGUUAGCGCAACCAGAUAAACGCGCGCCAUGGGCCGGUCUGGCCCCGCUUGGAACCAGCACACCUGCAGUGCAGUCCCUUUUGUGGCUAAAUUUCAGCAACGCUACAACUUACUGCUGCACGGCCAUACUUCUAGAUUACCUCAAGUAAACACCGCAUUUGAUCAUAACUUCAGAAAUCAAACAAGACGAAGGCGUUCCCCAUAGUCACCCAUGUAAAAUUAACGACAAACAGUCCAGGAGGGGAGAGAGAGAGAGUGAACGUAAUAGGACAGAUGUGGUUGAACUUGUUGUUCGCAGCACCCGUUUCUGACUCCAUACAGAUAGCUUUUCAAGUUAUAGAAGGCGCAAGUGGACUAAAUAAUUUCAAUCCGUUUAAACAGUCAUUUUAUGUUAUUCGGAGUGUAUAAAUUUUCAAUAGUGACUUAACCACCUUUUUUUCCUUGGAGGGCACAUGACCCUAUCCGUUUGUUAACACUUCCGCUCUCAUUUCUGUCUUCGAAAUGGUUCCUAGCAUACUUCGAGGCGUGACCUUACCCACCCCAUGGGUUGUCUUCCGAUCGAGGUUAACUUGAGCCAGUCAGCGGACACCAAAUGGUUGACUGACCACAAACCCACUGCUCUCGUCUCCCUUCGAACAAUCAGCGCUGGCGUGGCCAUCCCAACCUUCAGACUGUCCUAUCAGCUGACAAGCCACCGCCGCCGCCACCACCACCACCACCACCACCACCAUGA